UUAAUUUUUAUUCACAGGGAGAAAAAAACAAAACAGCUGUUGUUGGAGAAGAAAACACCUAAAGUGAGUUUCAUGGACGGCUUCGUGUCUCCAUCUCCUCCCCGUCGUCCGUGUGGGAGUCGGGCCCGUGUGAAGCCGCCCGCUCGGUCGGCCUGGCCGCUGUUUUCGCGGAGUUGAGCCGCGAGUCUCGGUUCGCUCAUUUGUUGCGAGUUGGCUUGCUGCUAGCUUUAGCUUCCCCUUCACUGUGCACUGCUCGGCUAGCACGUUAGCUUCUCUCGGGCUAGUUUAACUAACCCCCGUUCUGUGUGCGUGUGCGAAGCCGCUACCGACACCAGCCCCGUGUGCCGAGCCGGAGGAGCAGCGGGAGCCUUCACACAGAGGGUGGAUGAAAUGCCGGCCCCAAAGAGAGGACCAGCUCCUCAUGAACCGCAGCCCAAGAUGAGGAAGUUGGAUGAGGAUGGGGAGGCUCUCCCAUCCAAAGCUGAACCAGCCACCAUUAAUAGAGCUCUUAAAACGGGAAAUACGCUAGAAAAGUCAGCAGCCCCUCGGACUAAGAAAAAACUGUCUACUUCAGAGGAAGAACAGAGCUCCCCUCCGAAGGAUCCCAGCAAAACCAUUUCUGACCCGCCUGUCAAAAAAGCCAAGCUUCUGAACGCCACAAGUGCCUCCUGCGGAGAAGCUCCCUCGCAGUUCCCCAAAGCCUCCCUGAAGCGAACAGCCUCCACAGACUCAGACGAGGAGCUGAGUAGCGAUGGCAGUAAGGUCGACCUCUUUAGAGAGAGGGACGACGGCGACAAGGCCCGCUGCGUCAGACAAUACUCAAACCGAGUCAAAGCGAAACGCAAGGCUGAGGAGACGUCUUCUGACCCACAGGAAACAUGCCAGGAGUUACAAUCCGCACCUACAGUGCUUAUACAGAUGGACCACAGUUACGGUAGAUACUCAGAUUUGCCAAAUACUCAAAGCACGGCUGAGGAUAAUCCGAAUGCGACAAAAGAACCUGCAGAAGCUGCUGUUGAACCCGAGAGACAAGUGCAGUUGGAUAAUGCGGCACAAGCAGAGUCCAAGGAAACUUUGGUCCCUGUAUCAGGUAAUGCUAAUGCUAGUAUCAAAUCUGACUGUGAAGUUGAAGGAAGUAAACGUGAGGAAUUCAAAAAUGUAGAAAUCCAAAAGCUCACAGAUAAGGAAACACUACCAUCAUCUAGAGAAGCAUUGGACUCUGUUACUCCAGCUGCAUCUUGCAUUAUGUCUGUGGCUAAGGAGAAUGAGAAAAAGGUUGUUGUUGAGUCCACUGAAAGUCAAAAGGAUGUAGAUGGUGAACUAGUAGCACUGUCAGCGGAAACACUAUUUUCUGUUACUGGAGAGAUGAAUCCAAGCUGUGAAGGUGAAGACCAGGCCGAUGAAAAGACAGACUCGGCUUGCAUACCAGAAAGUCUUACAGAUGUGAGCUGUGAAACUGAAACAAAGGAGACCACCGAGAUAGUUUCUGAAGGACUGAAUAUCAGAUCUAAAAUGGAGGAAGGUGAGCAUGACAUGAAGGAAGUGAUUGAAGCAGCCAGCGUCUCCUCGGAGCACAGAGAUGUGGACUCAGAAAACUCAAACUCUGCACCAGAAGAGAUCCUGGAGGGAAAUAAUAAUCCAGAGAGUCAAACAGAUCUCAGUGUCAAAAUUCAAGUUACUUUUAAGGAGGAAUCGAAAUCUGUUCUCCUGCCGGACCAAGUGCCAGAUAAAAUGACCAAUUCUUGUGAUGGUGUGAACAAAGUUGUGAGAAAGUCCGACGACAAGCUUAAAGAAAGUGAAAGGAAAGUAAUUGAACUCCCGUCGACUCAGUCUGUUGAUGGUCCUGGGUCUUUUGUUGAGGUACAGCUGAGUCAUGAUGUGACAGACAGGAUGAGUGACAGCUGUACAGAAAUAUUGACACCUGAUUGUGAGGCGGCGCAUGAGCAAAAACAAAGAGAGGUGUUCACUGAUGCUGUCACAGUCCCAGAAGGUCAGACAGACACGGACAUGCAGACUAAAAUAACAUCAGAGGGGGCGUCUGACUCAGCUCUGAGAGUGGCUACACAAAACCAGGAGCACCACAUCUUUAAUGACCAUGCUACAGAAAUACCUGCUGAAGUUAAGGACCUUACCAGUGUGGAAAAAGGAAAGGAGAUGAACUUUGAGCUUGCCCCUGCACCUCAGUGUCAAAUCAAAAUGGAUUUAUCGGCUUCGGUGACAUCAGAGCAAGAGUUUUCUAAUCCAGUGAAAACAAUGGAAACACAAAGCCAAAAAGUGGAAAUACAAAAUGAGGAAAAGCACAAGAGCAACGAAUUUACUUCAGAGGUUCAUGGAGAUAUAACUGAAAAAAUGGCAAAUGAAGACGACAAGUGCUCUGCUAGUACACCUGAGAGUCAAAACAAAAUGGAAAUGCAAUCUGUAAGAACAUCAGAGAUUUCUAAUCCAGCGUCGUCACUUGAAGUGAAAAGGCAGGAGAGCCCAGGUGUGAGUGAACGCACCACAGAUAUGUCUGAUAAAGUACAUUUACAUCCAGUUUCAAAUAGUCAGAGCUCAGAGGACGACGACAGGGUUAAUGCUGAAUGUGUUGCUGCACCAGAGAAUCAAACAGAAGUGCACAUUCAGACAGAGGAGCUUUCUAACCCAGCAUCUACAUUGCAAAUACAAAACCAGCCAAGUCAGGAGGUCAGUGAACCCACCACAGUAUUGAAUCAGGAAUUUCACGAGAAGCAAAAAGUUGAAAAUUCUCCGGUUGUUGAAAAUGAAAACCAGUCAAACUUUCAACCCGCGGCUGCAUCAGAGAGUCAAAUUGAAAUUGAAAUGCAGAUGACAUCAGAGAUUUCUGACUCGGCCCCUUCAGAGGAAAUACAAAAAACUAUUUCAACAUCAGAGGAGAAAUCUAACACGUCACCUGCAGUGGAAAUUAAAAGCCAGGAAGUCAGUGGACAUGCUACAGAUGAAUCUACAGAGGUUUAUGAACAUCUGAUGAUUGAAAAUCAUCAGAAUGUCACUAAAGAGGAUGAAAUCAACUUUGACUCUGUGGCUCCAUCAGGGAAUCAAAUGAGACCGGAAAUACAGUCGACAUCAACGUCUGAGAUUUUAAACCCAGCCUCUUUAGUGGUAAGAGAAAUUCCAAAAAGUCAAAAUGAAGUGGAUAUGGAGACGACUGCAAGAUCAGAGAUUUGUAACACAUCUCCUGCAGUAGAAAUUCAAGACCAGAAGAUUCAGGAUGCCAGUGAACAUGGUACUGACAUAUCUGGAGAAUGUGCGACUGAACCGGAGAAUCAAGUCCAAAUGGAAACGCAAGUUUCCUCAACCUCUGAGAUUUUAAUUACAGCACCUGAAGUGGAAACUGAAAAUAAGAAAAGCCAAGAAGUGACUGGACCUGCAAGAGACACAUCUGAAAGGAUUCAAGGUCUAGAGAUAUUCAAAAGCAAGUGUAGUGAAAACCAAAACAAGGUUAUUGAAGCGUAUGUCAGUGCUACUGAGGGUCUGAAAGAAACUGAAAUGCAGACAACAGCAGCACCAGAGGAGAUACUUAAUCCAACAACUGCAGCACAGACACAAAACCAGAGAGGUCAGGAGGUCAGUGAACUCGCCACAGACACUGUACUUCAAAAAGAUGCUGCUUGUGCUGAGCAUGAGGAAAACAAGGAAGAGGUUAUCAACCUGUGUGUUAGUGCUGCUGAGAAUCAAAUGGAAAUGAAUACAGAAACAACAGCGACACCAGAGGAGGUUUCUGAUCCAGGAUCUAUCUACCAGGAGGUCAGUGAAUUAAUCACAGACACCGUCGUUCAGAAAGAGACUGCAAGUUGUUGGAAUAAAGACAAUGAAGACAAGAUAACUUCUAAGUCUGUUAAUGCUCCAGAAAUGCAGACGAAUAUGGAAACGACUGCAGCGCCUGAAGAUAUUUCUGUUCCAGCACCUAUAGCACAGAGGCAAGACUCUAGGCUGCAGGAAGCCACUGAACACACUGCAGACUUAUCAAACGCAAUUCAGAAACCCCCUCCUGUGACUAAUUUGGAAAAUAAAGAGGAGGCUAGUGCUAAAGUAGUCCAAAAGGAGAUGGAUGUAAUAAAUGGAUCAAUGGAAUCUGCAGAUUCUGCCUUACAAGAGGAAAUGGGGAAGCAAAUGAUUAAUGAGGCCAAAGGCGAGGCCGCAGUAAUUCCUUGUGAUAAGGCUGGCAAAACAGUCUGUAUUAUUGAAGGACAGGGCGAAGGAACUGGAAGCAAUGAAGUAAUCGUUUUUGCUUGUGACCAGCCACAUGAUGUUGUAAUUGAGGCAUCAGAAGAGCAGAUGAAGACGUUUAAUCAGCCGGAGGUUCAGGCUCAGGAAAACCAGAUCGUGUACGAGCCCAUCAGCAGUCCAGAAAGUAAUGACGAGAGAGAGACGUCGACAGCGUCAGAGAGGCAUCAUGGUGUUUCUUUACUGGAUAUACAGAACGCAGAGACCCAGCACAUCAUAGAAGAGGCAUCGACUAGUGAAGAAAACAAAAUCUGUGACCCACAAGCGGAAGCUGAGGAAAAUGUUACAGAACAAAUUUGCGUAUUUGGUAGCCAAGCAGCAGCAGCAGUGGAGAUGGAAGUACAAAGCGUGAGUGCGUCAGAAACUUCUCUAAUUGCACAGUUGGAGCAGAGUGAUGUGGAUGUGAGACAAGUUGCGGUGAUAAGCUCAAGUGACGAUAUCAGCACGCCAGAUGGCCAGUCAGAAGAUGCAGCACAAAACAGUGGCUUUUCGGAGUGCAUCAGUGCCUCACAGUUUUCAGACCAGGUGCCGGAGGAUGUCGGAUUUGAGGAGGCAGAAGACGUCACCGUGACAACGACAACAGCCGCCACUGAAGCUGAGGUACCGGAUAGUACAUCUGAGGAGUAUGUGAUCUUAGAGUCAAUCCCAGAGAAUCAUAUUCCCUUUGAUAUUGUCACUCAGGCGGUGGCUGAAUCAGGUUUGACCUCCUCGCUUUCAGAGGAGCUGAAUCCAGACGAUGGAUUAGUGGGUAAAGAGGACAAUCUUUUUAACGAUUCCCAGCAAACCGACGACAAGAGUUCUGAACCUUCCCAGCAGCCAUCAUGUGACCUGAUGGAUGUUAAUACCACAGAGAAUGACAUGGCGAACUCUCAUGCUCAACGCACUAAUGAAGGCGGCGAUGCUGUGGUAAUAGAGAAUGCUGAUGGUACUUUGGUUCUACAAGAAGUGCAGAUUCUAGAGGAUAUAGAGAUCGGUCGUGAGAUCGUAGUAGCGGAGGAAGAGAAUGAGGAAGACAGUGACAUCACAAUAAUAGAAAAACCCCAGGCAACACCUCAGGCUGUCCCUCCUAAACAGACCGAUGAAAAGGUUAAUGAGAAAAACACAGAAGUGGUCAGCGGGUCCAACGUAAAGCAAAACAACACAGCUGGUGAGAAGAUCAAAGAGGAUAAAAAGGCACAGGAGGCAGAAAAACCCAAGAAGCAAGAAAUGAAUACACAAGCCAGAACCAAAGCUCGCCUCGCGGCUUUGGCCGAGCAAAAGGCUGCAGCGUCGAAGAGAGCGGCAAACAGACAUCAGCUCAACCUCUUAGCUCUAUGUCACGAAAUAGCAGAGGACAUCGCCACAGACAGCAUGCUACUGAAGAGGAUUGAAGAGGAAAAACUAGCUGCAGCGGCAGCAGCUGCCAGGGUAGAAGCCGCUAAGGCUGAAGCCGCCAAGAAGGAAACUCUACCAGUUAAGACGCAGGACCCAAAUACAAUUAACAUUGCAACUCCGGCCGGACCAGAAGGAUGCUCAGCUUCAGCGACCCCUGCUGCACAGGCACCUGGAGCUCAGCCCUCAACACCUGACUCAGCUGAGGCCAAGCCUGCAGCAGAGCCUCAGAAGAGACGUUUUUUCAUCACGCAAAUAUCCGUACCACUGAAAGCCCACGAGAAAAAGAAGCUGACGCGAUAUCAAAGACUGAGACAGGUGGAACUGCAGAGAGAAAAGAUGUCCUGGGCACGAGUCAAGAAACUGAAGUCUGACCAAGCGAACCAGAUGUUUUCAGAAAUGGAUUGGCAAGCCCCCCGGUCUGCCACCUCUCCAUUUUCAACACGUCCAGUGACCACGACCCCUCCACCUGCAGCCAGUCCAUCAAAAACAGCUCCCACAAGUCCCGCCACAACUAGCAAACCUGCUACACCCAAGGCAGAAGUUCCCAAGGUGGAGACUCCUAAAGCCGAACCCAUCAAAACAGAACCCACAAAGACAGAAACCCCCAAAUCUGCACCCGCUAAGGCAGAAACGUCCAAAACUGCUCCCACUAAAACUGAACCUACCAAACCUGAGGCCUCUAAAGCUGAACCUCCCAAUACUGAAACCCGUAGAGUUACAAGGCAGAGAACGGCUCAAGCUUCUGAUACGACUCCUGCUCCGGGGCCAGCCCCUAAAGUGACAAGAUCUGCAGGGAAGAGGAGCCUCCCAGCCAUACCUCCUCCCAUGCCCAAUGGACUUAAUUCCCAAAAAUCCAAGCUUGAGGUUGAGUACAAGCCAUACAGACCCCGGCCCAAGUAUUCCUUUGAUGACUUUGAAUUAGAUGAUGACCCGUUACCAGUAGCUCCGACAAAGACCAACCCCGCACUGAGGCUCUUACAACAAACACGACCCGGCCUUCAGUCAAACCCCACAGCUCAAUUUAAACAUGCAGCUCAGUCAAGGCCCACAGUUUCAUCACAACCGGCCAACCAGGUAAAACUCAAAGCUCAAACCACGCCUGCUGCACAGAUCUCAGGUCAGUCAAAGCCCAGUGUUGCAGCUACAUCUCAGUUAAAACCUGCCGCUUCCACCAAUCCACAAUCAAAACCUGCUGCUGCCAGAACCCCCCUGUCAAAGGCCACAUCUGCAGCUGCAACAGAUUCAUCAAAAGCUGUUCUCACCGCCAAAGCUCAGAUAAAGUCUCCUGUCACGACGACACCACGGUCGAAUGCAGUAGUAUCUGCCUCUACCCAGUUAAAGUCCACUGCCGGUGGAAGUGCAGCUCAGUUAAAGCCGUCAACUUCGACGACGUCUCAACCUGCUGUUCCGACCACAUCUGAGACCAAACCUGCUGUUUCUAAGACUGAUGCUGCUUCGACGUCUCAGAAAACCUCAAAUCCACAAUCAUCGGAAGAUGGCAAAUGCAAAGAUACAGCUGCUUCACUUUCAUCAACUCCCACCUCCUCCUCCUCCUCCUCUGAGGAGAGCCGUAAAGUGUCUGAUGGAACACAACAGUGUGAGCAGAAGCCUGAGGAGAAUAAGGCAGAAACAUCCAGGAUGACGGAGAAGACUUCGGAAGAACCUUGUCAAGACAGAGGAGCGAAGCAACAAGAUGGUGGGACUCCUCUCUCUGAUGCUUGUCUGCAAAGAGAAGUCAAGAAACUGAAAGAGGCAGAUAAAGAUGGCACCCAAACUGUGAUUGAUGCCGGACAGAAGCAUUUUGGAGCAGUGGCCUGCAAUGUGUGUGGGAUGCUCUACUCGGCUUCCAACCCCGAGGAUGAAUCUCAGCAUUUACUCUUCCACAAUCAGUUCAUCAGCGCUGUCAAAUACGUGGGAUGGAAAAAAGAGAGGAUUCUGGGAGAGUAUCCUGACGGCAAGAUCAUUCUCGUCCUGCCAGAUGAUCCCAAAUAUGCCCUGAAGAAGGUCGAGGAGAUCAGGGAGAUGGUGGACAAUGACCUGGGCUUCCAGCAGGUGGAGACCAAGUGCCCCUCUCAGACCAAAACCUUCCUCUUUAUUUCCAAUGACAAGAAGGUGACUGGAUGCCUCAUAGCAGAGCACAUACAAGAGGGGUUCCGGGUGAUCGAGGAGCCCGUCCCUGAGGGUUCAGAGGGAGAGAAGGUGAUGUUCGAACGUCAGAGAGCUUGGUGUUGCUCCAUCACGCCAGAGCCGGCGAUCUGUGGCAUCAGCCGCAUCUGGGUGGUCAACAUGAUGAGACGCCUGGGCGUCGCUUCACGUAUGCUGGAGUGCCUGAGGAACAACUUCAUAUUCGGUUCCUACCUGAGCAAAGAUGAGAUCGCUUUCUCCGACCCCACCCCUGAUGGAAAACUCUUUGCCACAAAUUAUUUUGGCACUUCUCAGUUUUUGGUUUAUAACUUUGUGAGUGGACGAAACUUGCCCAAACCCAAAACUGACACAGUAUGACCGUCUCCAGGAAAGGUAACAAUGGAUUUGACUGAGGCGUCACAGUGUCUGACGCCAUCUUUAUUUGCAUAACGAUUAAAAACUGUAAAUUGCUCCUUGGAGAGGCUACACAUUGGUUGAAAUCUCAGGAUGAAAACAACACGGUGUUGUUGAAAAAUGUUAUAAAUCCUCCCUUUAAUCCCCCACCCCACCCCCACCCCCCGCAUAGUAUUUUGAAAGAAAGAGUAUUUUCUUUAUACAUUUUUAAGCAAACAAUUGGUUUUAUUAAAAAGAGUUUACAUGCAUGAUCUGACAGCAAUAGAAAACAAAAAGCAUUUCAUCGUUUGCUUCCUUCUUCUUUCAUCCCCGAGAGACGUGAGAAGCAUCGCAUCAUUUGACUGCAUCAAAUAAACGGUUGUUUUAGAUAAUUUUUCUUCAUUCUGUUAUGUCAUGUGUUUUUACACCUGGAGUAAUCUGUGCACGGAGGAUUUAUUUUUAACGUUCAACACUUAAUGAUGCUGCCUUUGUCUCGAGUAUAAACAUCCAUACAUUUUAAAGGUCACAACCUCACACUUCCACGUGCGUCUCUUCACGUUCACACACUCGUGUUUUCUUGUAACAUUUCAAACUAAUCAUCUAAAACUAGGUGAUUUUAAUCAGUGAGACUCAUUUCAACAAUCUGAUGGAAGAGUUGUGGGUUAGAACUGUAGCUUGGGCAUUAAAUAAACCUGCUCCAAUAUUCUUAGAUCACUUCUCCUGAUCUGUUUCUGAGCUGAGCCAUAUACUGUACACAUACAUUUAGCAGGGCAUUGUAGCCUGUACUGUACGAGUGACGUUUUUUAAUUUCAUCGAGGCCGUCUAUCGCUUUGUUUGUGCCUGAAUGAAAAACGUGUGACUUAACGAUUUUGAUUUAUUCUUUUCUUUCUUUUCUUUUUUUUUUUAGCCAUUUGUUCCUCUAAACAGCAUUUGGUGUUUUAUUGAGUUAGUGUAGAAUAUCAUCCUCCUAUUCCUUAGUAAAAACAAAUAAAUAUGUAUAUCAAAUUAUCAUGUAGAUUUAUGCAUACUCUAAUAAAAAGUAUAAUGGAAGAUGAUGCAAGAAUCAGGCUUUAAAUGGUAUUUUAGUGCUGGUACAUGUCACCCAGGUUUAUGAUUGAGAACGUUUGCUCAGUGAUCGACACGAUGGGUUAAGAUGAAGUUCAGACUCUUAUCACAGAUUAACAGUAUCAUUGUAAUACAUCCCUUAUUUUUUUUUUCCUUCUUGUUUAAGCAGUUGCUUUUUAGACAGACGUGUCGUGUAAAAGAAAAAGAAAUUUGAUUUAUACGAAGCUGUUAUGUAAAUAUUUAUUUAAAUAAUAAACUGUUUUAAAAUGUU